AGGAGAGGAAAGGAAAGGUCGAAGGAGAAAAAGGAGGCAGGGAAAAAGUCUCCGGGGCUGCGUGACUCGACUAAUUUUGUCUCCCACGGGCCCCUGUUGCGGCUUCGCUUGGCGUCACGGUCGGUGCGGUCGCGGAGCAUCUUGGGUAGGAGGGAGAUUCGGUCUCGCAGCUCCGAAAGAUGGCGGACGCUUUUGGGGAUGAGCUCUUCAGCGUGUUUGAGGACGACUCGACCACUGCGCCCGGAGCCAAAAAAGACAAGGAGAAGGGGAAAUGGAAGGGGCCGCCAGGGUCUGCGGAAAAGGCCGGAAAACGUUUUGAUGGUAAAUUACAAUCUGAGUCAACUAAUAUUGGAAAAAACAAGAGAGAUGCAGACUUCGAGGGCACAGAUGAACCCAUUUUUGGAAAGAAGCCCAGGGUAGAAGAGUCAAUAACUGAAGACUUAAGUUUGUCAGACUUGAUGCCCAGGGUCAAGGUACAAUCAGUUGAAACUGUCGAAGGGUGUACACAUGAGGUUGCACUUCCUGCAGAUGAAGAUUAUCUACCACUUAAACCUCGCGUUGGAAAAGCUGCAAAGGAAUACCCGUUCAUUCUUGAUGCUUUUCAAAGAGAAGCCAUUCAGUGUGUUGAUAAUAAUCAGUCUGUUCUAGUAUCUGCACAUACAUCAGCAGGAAAAACUGUAUGCGCUGAAUAUGCCAUUGCAUUGGCCUUAAGGGAAAAACAGCGUGUAAUAUUUACUAGCCCAAUUAAGGCCCUGAGUAACCAGAAAUACCGUGAAAUGUAUGAAGAAUUUCAAGAUGUUGGUCUGAUGACUGGAGAUGUUACUAUUAAUCCUACAGCAUCUUGUCUUGUUAUGACCACAGAGAUUUUGAGAAGUAUGCUGUACAGAGGUUCUGAAGUUAUGCGAGAAGUUGCUUGGGUCAUAUUUGAUGAAAUUCAUUACAUGAGAGAUUCAGAGCGUGGUGUUGUGUGGGAAGAAACUAUUAUUUUGCUUCCUGAUAAUGUUCACUAUGUCUUUCUUUCGGCUACUAUUCCAAAUGCCCGGCAGUUUGCUGAAUGGAUUUGCCACUUACACAAACAGCCUUGUCAUGUAAUUUACACAGAUUAUCGGCCUACUCCAUUACAGCACUACAUUUUUCCAGCAGGGGGAGAUGGUCUGCACCUUGUGGUUGAUGAAAAUGGUGACUUCAGAGAAGAUAAUUUUAAUACUGCGAUGCAGGUACUUCGAGAUGCUGGUGAUUUGGCAAAAGGAGAUCAGAAGGGGAGAAAAGGAGGAACAAAAGGACCAUCAAAUGUGUUCAAGAUUGUGAAGAUGAUUAUGGAAAGAAACUUUCAACCUGUAAUUAUUUUCAGUUUUAGUAAGAAAGAUUGUGAAGCCUACGCACUUCAAAUGACCAAAUUAGAUUUCAACACAGAUGAAGAAAAGAAGAUGGUUGAAGAAGUAUUCAGUAACGCAAUUGACUGCUUGUCAGAUGAAGAUAAAAAGCUCCCUCAGGUUGAACAUGUACUUCCUCUCUUGAAGAGGGGCAUUGGUAUUCACCAUGGUGGUUUACUUCCUAUUUUGAAAGAAACUAUAGAAAUUCUCUUUUCUGAAGGAUUGAUAAAGGCCUUAUUUGCCACUGAGACUUUUGCUAUGGGGAUUAACAUGCCAGCUAGAACUGUUUUAUUUACAAACGCCCGAAAAUUUGAUGGGAAGGAUUUCCGAUGGAUUUCCUCUGGUGAAUACAUUCAGAUGUCUGGUCGUGCUGGAAGGAGGGGAAUGGAUGACAGAGGAAUUGUAAUUCUUAUGGUAGAUGAAAAGAUGAGCCCAACAAUUGGAAAACAACUACUUAAGGGCUCAGCUGAUCCACUAAAUAGUGCUUUCCAUUUGACCUACAACAUGGUCUUGAACUUACUACGAGUAGAAGAAAUAAAUCCUGAGUACAUGUUGGAAAAAUCCUUCUACCAGUUUCAGCAUUAUAGAGCAAUUCCAGGAGUAGUAGAGAAGGUAAAGAACUCAGAAGAACAGUAUAAUAAAAUAAUAAUACCAAAUGAAGAAAGUGUAGUCAUCUAUUAUAAGAUUAGGCAGCAGCUUGCCAAAUUGGGUAAAGAAAUUGAAGAAUAUAUUCACAAACCAAAAUAUUGCUUACCAUUUCUACAACCAGGUCGUUUGGUAAAGGUAAAGAAUGAAGGAGACGAUUUUGGCUGGGGUGUAGUGGUGAAUUUCUCAAAAAAAUCAAAUGUUAAGAGUGUACCAUUGGGGGUGGCUGCGGAGGCUGAUAGCUUGAUGGCAGGCAGCCUGUUUAUCUUGAUCCUGAGUUCCCCUCAGGAUGCACCAUCAGGGGUGGCUUCAGUGGCUGAUGGCUGCAGCAUUCUUUGGCAGCCUAAUUCUGGUGAACUGGAUCCUUUAUAUGUAGUGGAAGUACUUCUGCGCUGUAGCAAAGAGAGCUUGAAAAAUUCAGCUACUGAGGCUGCAAAACCAGCUAAAUCUGAUGAGAAAGGAGAGAUGCAGGUUGUUCCAGUUUUGGUGCAUCUCCUGUCUGCUAUCAGCAGUGUUAGGCUUUACAUUCCUAAAGACCUUCGACCACUGGACAAUAGACAGAGUGUUUUAAAAUCAAUACAGGAAGUUCAGAAACGUUUUCCUGAUGGUGUUCCCUUAUUAGAUCCUAUUGAUGACAUGGGCAUUCAAGAUCAAGGACUGAAAAAAGUCAUCCAGAAAGUAGAGGCUUUUGAGCAUCGAAUGUAUUCUCAUCCACUUCACAAUGAUCCAAAUCUGGAAACUGUGUAUACGCUUUGUGAAAAAAAAGCACAGAUUGCAAUGGACAUUAAAUCCGCAAAGCGAGAACUAAAGAAAGCAAGAACUGUCCUACAAAUGGAUGAGCUCAAAUGUCGCAAACGUGUUUUAAGGAGGUUGGGAUUUGCUACGUCUUCUGAUGUCAUAGAGAUGAAAGGACGAGUGGCUUGUGAAAUAAGCAGUGCUGAUGAGCUCCUUCUAACUGAGAUGAUGUUUAAUGGCCUUUUCAAUGACCUAUCAGCAGAACAGGCAACGGCACUACUAAGCUGCUUUGUGUUUCAAGAGAAUUCUAGUGAGAUGCCCAAAUUAACAGAGCAAUUAGCAGGACCACUUCGUCAAAUGCAGGAAUGUGCUAAAAGAAUUGCAAAAGUUUCAGCAGAAGCCAAAUUGGAAAUUGAUGAGGAGACUUACCUAAGCUCAUUUAAACCUCACUUAAUGGAUGUAGUAUAUACCUGGGCAACUGGAGCUACAUUUGCCCAUAUCUGCAAAAUGACAGAUGUCUUUGAAGGCAGCAUAAUUCGUUGUAUGAGGCGCCUGGAAGAACUACUUCGACAAAUGUGUCAAGCAGCAAAAGCCAUUGGAAACACUGAGCUGGAAAAUAAAUUUUCAGAAGGAAUCACCAAAAUCAAGAGAGAUAUUGUGUUUGCUGCCAGCCUCUACCUAUAAAGAGUCAGCUAAAGGAAUGUGGGAUUUGAAAUUGUUCACCACCUGUCUGAUGUAUUAUAUUUAAAUCAAGCAUCAUUCUAAGAAAGCAUAUUACAUACACAGUUGUACAUAAGCAUUACAUUUUUUUAAUAAAAAAAUGUACAGGUGGGGCAUUUGUUUUAGUGAAAGGCUUGAAAUUUUUUGUAAUGAACUUAGAGCUAUUAGAUAACCAUUGCGUUAAAUGUAACUAUAUACACACAGGUAAAGUGGGCAUCCAAGAGGUACAGUAGCAGCAGUCCCCUUAAAGGCUUGUAUACUGGGAAGAAGGACGCAUCCUCUUGCCUUCUGGUUGCAAUCAUUUUCCUUUAGAAAGCAGGCCAGCUUCAUCUGGGCACUCUGCCACCUUCAAGGUUGGUGAGUGUUCCGAUAGUGAUUCCCUGUCGUUGGUGUUUCAUGCAGAGUUGUAUGAGAGUCCUCUUCUUUUCUUUCUUUAAAAGGAGAAUUUCUCUCCUUGAAGAAAUCUGAUACAUAUACAGCCUGUAUAGAACAGGUAACAUUUAGAAUGGGGCAAAGUAUUUAAUGAUACAAUUUUAAAUAAGUUUAAAAACCAUAUACAAAGUUGCAAUAAGCAGUGUGCAAAAUAUAAACAAAAGGAUAUACUUUACAGGGUACAGGUUAAGGGUACGAAUAAAUUAGUGGCUAACAGGAAUUUUUGUUAAGGACAUUCUGAGAGUUGCUCUGUUAUGUACUGGGCAGAUGGUUUCACUCUGCUAGCCCUUAAUGAAAGUGUCAUUCCUCAUGUAAAUUAGUUUUGUUUUUUGUUUUUUUGUUUUUUCCAAUUCAUACUAAAAACACUUUAUAGCCAGAGCUUUUUACAAUUAAAAAAAAAUUUUUAAAUAACUUGCGAAGAGUAAGUAACGUAGGUAUUAUUUGCUAUCUAUCCUAAAAUGACUUUUAAUAACGUUGGGGUCCUCACCCAGUAGCAAUUAUUGAGCCACAUUCUCUGCCUUAGCAUACUUUUCUCAUUGGGACAUUUUUUUCUACUUAUUUAUCCAAGUGUUUCUCAGUAUCAGGAUGUAGGCUGCUGCCCUGUAUACUUACAACUAAUACUGCAACCAGAGCUCCUUGAAUGAGUCCGGUCAACACAUCACUCCAGUGGUGUUUGUAAUCAGAAACUCGAGAAAGGCCCACAUAAAUGGACGCAGCAACAAGACCAAAUUGCAGUGUAGGGCGUAAGAGUCUUGCCCAGUCUCCCUUCAUCCUGGCUUGAAGAUAAAGCUAACAGAAAAGAUAAAAAUAAAGAAAAGAGCUUAACAUACCAA